AUGCAGCUGGCAGUGCUUCUCGGCCUCGUGGGAGCCGCGAUGCUGGCGGCUGUUACUUCUAUGCCAGUGGACAUCAGGACCCACAAUGAGGAAAUGGUGACUCGCUGCAUCAUCGAGGUCCUCUCAAAUGCCCUGACCCACACUCCACCCAUCACCCCUGAGUGCCGACAAGUCCUGAAGAAGAGUGGAAAAGAGCUCAAAGAUGAAGAGAAAAGUGCAAAUGAAAACACAAGGUUUGAAGUGAGAUUGUUAAGAGACCCAGCUGACGCCUCAUUAGUCCCGGGGCCCUCGGGUAGGAAGGACACAGGGGAGGAGGACGCCCAAGGCCCGACAGUGGCAGACACGGAGGGCGGCGGGCACAGCCGAGAGCGGGCGCGCGAGCCCCAGGGCAGCCGAGUGGCCGAAGAAGCAAAGAUACGCUAUUCCUAUUCCGAGAAGAGCGAGGGACAGGACGGGGAGGAAGAAGAGGCGGAAAAAUAUCAGAAAAGGGAGCGUGGGGAAGGCAGCCAUGAGGAGAGACGCCUCGAAGGGCCAGGAGAGGCACAGACUGCUUUUCUCAACCAAAGGAACCAGACUCCGGCUAAGAAAGAGGAGUUCGUGUCCAGAUACGAUGCACAGUCUGCCCGGGGCCCCGAGACGUCGCACAGCCGGGAGAGGAGCAGCCAGGAGAGUGGAGAGGAGGCCGGGAGCCGGGAGGACCGGCCGGGAGAGCCGCAAAGCCGCCCCGAGGGCCAGGGAGGCCCCGAGGACAGCGAGGAGGAUGCCAGCCCCGAAGUGGACAAACGGCGCUCGAGGCCCAGACACCACCAUGGGAGGAGCCGGCCCGACAGAGCCUCUCAGCAGGGGAAUCCUCCCCCGGAGGGAAGGGGACAGCCUUGGGAGGAGCCCCCCGUGGGCACGGCCGGGGAGGAGGUGAGGGGCCCCGGGGACCUGGAUGGCGCCCGCUACGAGGGCAGAGGGCCGGAGGCGCACCGGGCUCCACGGCCUCCCAGGGAGGAGGAGGGCCCAGAGCCAGCGGCCAGGAGAAGCAGCCUCAGCCCGGAGCCCGACGGCCUGGCGCAGGGGGCCCGCGAGGCGCGGGAGGGGGACAGAGGCCUGGAGGCCGGGGCCCUCCGCAGCGCCCUGGGAGGGCAGCCGGCAGCCUACCCCAGUCUACACCGGGCUGAAGAGAAGCGGUUCUUGGGUGAAGCCCACCGCCGUGCUCAGGGAAGCCAGACGGACAAGGCGAGGCGGCAUCCGCAGGGCGAGUUGAGAAGUUACCUCGACGACGGUGAGGAGGAAGGUGAGAAAGGAGCCCAAGGGAAGUGGCCGCAGAACGCUGAAGAGAACAGAGAAGACGCCAGGCUUCGAGGCACACCGUAUGCUCCCCAUCACAUCCCCGAAAAGAAGAGAGCAGGGGAGCUACGCAACCCGUACUACGAGCCUCCCCAGUGGAGGAGCACUCGUUCUGAGAGAAAAGACCACGUGCAUGACAAUUUUCUUGAGGGUGAAGAGGAAAAUGGGCUGACCUUGAAUGAGAAGAAUUUCUUCCCAGAAUACAACUAUGACUGGUGGGAGAAAAAGCCCUUUGAGGAGGAUGUCGACUGGGCAAACGAGAAGAGAAACCUGGCCCCCAAACUGGAUCUGAAAAGGCAGUAUGACAGAGUAGCCAAGCUGGACCAGCUCCUUCACUACAGGAAGAAGUCAGCUGAGUUCCCAGACUUCUAUGACUCGGAGGAGCCCAUGAGCCCCCACCACGCAGCAGACAAUGAAGAGGAGAGGGCUGGCCAAGGAGUUCUGACGGAGGAAGAGGAAAAGGAACUUGAAAACUUGGCUGCGAUGGAUCUGGAACUACAGAAAAUAGCUGAGAAGUUUAGUGGUAAUCGAAGGGGCUGAUGGUCUUUGGAGCAAAGGGCAGAUUUCAAAAGCAGCCCACACGUGAUCUAUUUUCCACCACUUCACUGAAAGACCCCAUCUAUUUACCCAAAGGCAGAAAGUAGAAUUUACUGUUCAUCAAAUGUUUGACAUGGUUGGAAAUGUCUUUCAUUUUUGCCAGAAAGUUAUUGAAAAUAUGAAUAGC